ACAGUAAUCAAAGGAUUAAAAUGAACUCUAGACUCUAGUACAUCUCAGUUAGCCUAUAAAACCAAUCUCAAUGCUAGUUUUUAGUGUAAUACUUAAUCAACUGUGUCUAAAAUGCGUGUUUCUCUGUUGAUUUUCUUUGUGUUCGCUUCAGUGUUUUCUGUUCAGUUAGUGAGCAGCAAACUGAGCUACAACCACGACGACGACAACUUAGAUAACUUGAGAAGAUGGCAUCAAUCUCAACUGAGAAUAUUUCAAAAACCUAACGAGAGGCAGUCAGAACUGCUCCAAGGAUCCGAUGAAAGCAGUGAUUCCAGCGCAGAAUCAUUGAGUGUCAGUGAAUCCAGGGAAAGUGAUUCAAGUGAGGAAGAACCACCGAAACCCCCUCGUCCAGGUCCCAAACCUGGACCUAAGCCUGGGCCCGGACCUAAGCCUGGGCCCGGACCUAAACCAGGGCCCGGACCGAAACCUACUGACAAACCGGAACCCAGUCCACCGGGGCCCAAACCAGGUCCUGGACCUAGGCCUACCCAUCCACCAGGCCCCGGGCCCAGACCGAGACCUAGACCGUCACCUCCUCCGAGACCCACCCCAGGACCUACCACUGAUACACCCGUGACGGAACCAUCGACGUCAACCGAACCCGAGGGAAGUGGAAGUGGUGAUGUAGAUUAUUUUAAAUGGUGAUACGACUUUCAUUAACUACUGGAAAAAUGAACAGGUUAUAUUUGUAUCGAGAUUUAUCAAAGUAAAUAGUUUAGAUAUU